AUGAUGAAGGAAUUAGGAAAAAAGGAGGGGAAUGUCGAGGUAAGCGAGUUAGCCUAUCUUGAUCAAGAAAAUAUAGCUUCGACUAAUGAUUCUGCAGUAGAGGGAGUCAUUGGUGAAAAAGAGGGACAAGGUCAGUACAAGAGGUCUUUCAAGACAAGGCAUAUUCAGAUCGUGACCCUAGGAUCUAAUAUUGGUUCGGGAAUUUUCAUUUCAACUGGUAAGGCCCUAAGGUUCGCUGGUCCAGGAAGCAUGAUCAUAUCUUAUACUAUUGUUUGCUCAAUGGUCAUAUGUGUUUUAGAAAUCAUAACUGAAUUAUCAAUUUUAUAUCCAUCUUCAGGAAAUUUUAUUGAUUUUACUGAGAGAUUUCUAGAUCCUGCGGCUGCCUUUGCAAUAGGGUUAGGUGAAUGGUUAGCUUGGACGACUGUGAUGGCAUCUGAAGGUGCAGCUGUAGCUACAUUAGUGACAUAUUGGACAACUAAAGUGCCAGUUGCCGCAUGGAUGAGUAUUAUCAUAGUUCUUACAUUUAUGAUUCAUGCUUUACCAAUCAUUUGGUUUGCGGAAUUUCAAUACGGAACUGCUGUUAUCAAAGUUAUAAUGUUGCUUAUGAUAUUAAUUUCUUGCAUAGUUAUGUGUGCAGGUGGAGGCCCUACUGGAAGUAUUCAUAAUGGGCAAUUUUGGGACAGUUCUAAAUACGAUAUUUUUAAUAACGGUGUACGCGGAUUUUCAUUUAGCUGCCUUUAUUGUUUAUGGGGCGUUGGGGAUCAAAUAUUUGUUGGAAUGCUUGCUGGAGAAUCUGAGAGCCCCAGGUUUUCUUUGCCUAGGACGGUUAAAAGUGCAGGUCUUCGUAUAUUUGGAUUCUUUAUGAUUUUGGUGAUGUUUAUUACUUUGUUAGUUCCUGAGUCAGACCCUAGAUUGUGGGGUACUGCUGGGUCAAUUGCAAGCUCUCCUUUUAUAAUUGCAAUGAAUGAUGCUGGAAUAAAGUAUUUGCCUGACGUCAUAAAUGGUUUAAUGGUAGUUUGUUUGGCUCUAGGGGGGUUGGAACCUGUGUACAUCGCAGCUCGGUGUAUCAGACAUUUAGCUAUUAGAGGGAUGUUGCCAAAAUUUAUAGCAAGAGUGGAUAAAAAGGGAAGGCCUACUUGGUCUUUAUUAAUAACCUUUAUAUUUACAAUUGUGUUCACUUACAUGAAUUGUUCCGGUACCGGAGCUACGGUAUUUACCUGGUUUUCUUCUAUCACCACUACAAUAUUCAUGGUAGUUUGGGUAGUGCUAGGUAUUGUAUCUUUAAGAUUUCAUAUGGCUAUCAGAGCACAGAACUCUGAUAUUUUAAAGCAAAAGCAUUCAUGGAGAGCCAAACUUUUUCCAGUGGGUCCAAUUUUCUUGUCGCUCAUGAGUUUUUUGAUUUUAAUGGGUUUAUUUUAUGGCUCUUUAUUUCCAGUUGGGGGAAAGCCAAACGCUUAUGACUUUUUUGCAACUUAUCUUGGUGUUCCUUUAGUUUUGUUUGCAUAUAUUUGCUAUAAACUUUACUUCCGAACAUCUAUUCCAAAAUUAUCUGAAGUAGAUUUAUUAGAAGGACACAGGCCAUUGACAACAAGAGAAAUUGAAAUUAUGGAUUAUUAUACCUCUUUGCCUUGGUACAGGCGUCUCUUAACUUAUAUAAAUACAGCUGAUUCUAAAGAAUUGACUUAA